CCCGGGCCGCUGUCGCAGCACCCGCCCGUGCCCCCCGCCGCCGGGCCGCUCGCAGGGCAGCCGCGCAAGAGCAGCUCAUCCCGCCGCAACGCGUGGGGCAACCUGUCCUACGCCGACCUCAUCACCAAGGCCAUCGAGAGCUCGGCAGAGAAGCGGCUCACGCUGUCGCAGAUCUACGAGUGGAUGGUCAAGAGUGUGCCCUACUUCAAGGAUAAGGGCGACAGCAACAGCUCGGCGGGCUGGAAGAAUUCAAUUCGUCAUAAUCUGUCCCUACACAGCAAGUUCAUUCGUGUGCAGAAUGAAGGAACUGGAAAAAGUUCUUGGUGGAUGCUCAAUCCUGAGGGAGGCAAGAGUGGGAAAUCCCCCAGAAGAAGAGCCGCAUCCAUGGACAAUAACAGUAAAUUUGCUAAGAGCCGAGGCCGAGCUGCCAAGAAAAAAGCAUCCCUCCAGUCUGGCCAGGAGGGUGCUGGGGAUAGCCCGGGAUCUCAGUUUUCUAAGUGGCCUGCAAGCCCUGGCUCUCACAGCAAUGAUGACUUUGAUAACUGGAGUACAUUUCGACCUCGAACUAGCUCGAAUGCUAGUACCAUUAGUGGGAGACUUUCUCCUAUUAUGACCGAACAGGAUGAUCUUGGAGAUGGGGACGUGCAUUCUCUGGUAUACCCACCAUCUGCAGCAAAGAUGGCUUCUACUCUGCCCAGUCUGUCUGAGAUAAGCAAUCCUGAGAACAUGGAAAACCUUUUGGAUAAUCUCAACCUUCUCUCAUCACCAACAUCGUUAACUGUUUCAACCCAGUCUUCACCGGGCACCAUGAUGCAGCAGACACCAUGCUACUCAUUUGCGCCGCCCAACACCAGUCUGAAUUCACCCAGCCCAAACUACCAAAAAUACACGUACGGCCAAUCCAGCAUGAGCCCCUUGCCCCAGAUGCCUAUGCAAACGCUUCAGGACAACAAAUCGAGUUAUGGAGGUAUGAAUCAGUAUAACUGCGCACCGGGACUCUUGAAGGAGUUACUUACUUCUGACUCUCCUCCCCAUAAUGACAUUAUGACACCAGUUGAUCCUGGGGUGGCUCAACCCAAUAGCCGGGUCCUUGGCCAGAAUGUGUUGAUGGGCCCUAAUUCGGUCAUGCCAGCCUAUGGCAGCCAGGCAUCUCAUAACAAAAUGAUGACUCCCAGCUCCCACACCCACCCUGGACACGCUCAGUCCACGUCUGCAGUUAACGGGCGUGCCUUGCCCCAUGCGGUAAACACCAUGCCCCACACCUCGGGUAUGAAUCGUUUGGCCCAGGUGAAGACAGCUUUACAAGUGCCUCUGCCCCACCCCAUGCAGAUGAACACCCUGGGGGGCUACUCCACCGUGAGCAGCUGCAAUGGCUAUGGCAGGAUGGGCAUUCUCCACCAGGAGAAGCUCCCGAGUGACUUGGACGGCAUGUUCAUCGAGCGCUUGGACUGUGACAUGGAGUCCAUCAUUCGAAACGACCUCAUGGAUGGAGACACGUUGGAUUUUAACUUUGACAAUGUGUUGCCCAACCAAAGCUUCCCCCACAGUGUCAAGACGACAACACAUAGCUGGGUGUCAGGCUAAGAGUGAGUGAGCAGGCUACACUUAAAAGUACUUCAGAUUGUCUGACAGCAGGAACUGAGAGAAGCAGUCCAAAGAUGUCCUUCACCCCACCUUUUCGUUUUCUUGAUUUAAAAAAAAAAAAAAGCACGUUUCUUUUUUCCUUUCGUCAGACUUGGCAGCAAAGACACUUUUCCUGUACAGGAUGUUUGCCCGAUGUUUGCAGGUUAUGUGCUGCUGUAGAUAAGGACUGUGCCAUUGGAAAUUUCAUUACAAUGAAGUGCCAAACUCACUACACCAUGUAACUGCAGAAAAGACUUUCGGAUCCUGGUGUGCUUUCAAUUUUUGUAUAUAAGCUGUAGCUACAGAGUUGUAUUUGUGUGCGUUUUUGUUUUUUUUUUUAAAUAUCCAUUUGGUCCAAGGAAAGUUUAUACUGUUUUUGUAAUACUGUGAUGGUCUCAUGUCCUUGACAAGUUAAACUCUCGUUCGUACUGCCUGUGCUCUGCUGAACUGACGAAUCACGAAGAACUAGGCGCUCCAUUCUGCACCUCCAUGGACUGCUCUGGGCCUGUUCACAUUGCCACAGAAUUCACCUGGGAACCAGUGGCCUGUUAGCAAUCUGCUGAAAUAAUGGACUUAAAAAACUCUUUUGGGGGAAAAGAUUAAACGCCAGCCUUGUACAGGUCUUUUCUAUUUUUUUUUGUUUAUUUUGUUAUUUGCAAAUUUGUACAAAGACUUAAAUGGUUCUAAUUUCCAUAUAAAUGAUUUUUGAUGUUAUCUUUGGGACUUGAGAUCAUUUUUGGAAUAGAUACUGAACUGUAAUGUUUUCUUAAAACUAGAGUCUACUUUGUUACAUAGUCUGCUUGUAAAUUUGUGGAAUCCCAGCUAUUUGAGGCAGCAUCCGUAAUUUUCAUUUUGUAUUUCUAACUGGAUUAGUACUAAUUUUAUACGUGCUUAACUGGUUUGUACACUUUGGGAUGCUACAUAGUGAUGUUUCCGACUAAUCUUAAAAUCUUUGUAAUUAAUACUUGCAUACUCAACGUUUCUGGCCCUGUCUUGGCAGGAGAAUCAUGUAUAGUUACAGACAUUUUGCGGUUCACGUUUAGAACUUGAUGUGUUUUUAUGUAUGUAUUUUAAAGAAAUCCCAUCUGCUUCUGCUGUCCUGUGAACUGAGCAUACCACAUAGCAUUGAAUCUGCUGGUUGAUGCCUAUAUGCUCACUGUAUCAAAUACUCCUGGGGGGGGCCUCGUAACAUUCGUAGGUCAGGAGGGGAGAUUUGCAUCUAAUCAGUGCUGCUUUCUCAAGCUGGGCAUUUUGAUCGACUUAACCUUUUUGAGUUGAGUUUCAGCAGAAGUUUUCCCUCGUUAUUCUGUGCUCUUACUGUCUUGGUGGAGGUUGGUUUUGUAUCUCUGCCUUGAAGAAUUAUGUCCACACUCACACUUAUCCCUGUUUGCCUUCUGUCCUGCAGAUUACUUGGCACUCUGUGGAAAGUUAAAUUGAAGGGGGGGAAAUUUUAAAAUGGGACUUGAGUGAUUUGUAGAUUGCUUUGUGUUCAUGAGUAUAGAUGGCUACCAAAUGGAGUAGAACCUGCUUAAAAACUGGGGCAAUGAAAUUGAAAACCAACAAAACAACCGUGAGUUGUAUAUUUGAAUUUAUUUUCAAAGCUUUUGCGUUAAGAAUUGGAGACUUUUUUCUAGCCUUUAGCAACCUAAAGUAUGAUUCUGCUCAUUAUGUGAUAUUUUCCAAUUACCUGUAACUGACAGACCAAGUUAAUUGACCUUGUGUCCCAUUGAAUCCAUCAGUGUUUUCAAGUCAUGUGGAAUGCCCAGAGUCCGCACAGUAAAAGGAACAGGUGCACAAAAAUGUUCCUCCUGCCUCCUUGAGAAGGCUCUGAUUUCUGUGUACUUAGCCCACAUCACACUUGCUUUGUCUUGCCCCUGAAUUGCAUCUCUGUUGGCCUGGCUUUUCCUACAUGUUUAACAAGGACACAAGUGUUCUUGAUGGGUUUCCUACAGGAGGUGAGCUCUAUUGUAAGCUUCCAUUGUGACUUCUACUCUUUUGAAAAUUCAUUAAACAACCACCUCUCUAACCAUCUUCAUUGUCGGCCACUCCAAAAUACACCUGGUUUUAGAAACCCUCGUUCCCCUGAGCAGUGCCUCCUCCUGCACUCGUGCUCGAACUUUCUGGGGCCAGAGUGCUCGUGUUCUCUGUUGUGACCAUGUCCCACCACUCCCCUCCGCCCUGGCCACCACACAUGAGCCUCCCUGACCCUGUUGUUUAUUGAAGAGGCAAUUCUAGCUAAAAAUCACUGUUAAAAAUCUUACUACUUCAUAGGGUGACUUUUAAAGAGAUGUUGCUUUCUCUUGAGUCUGUGUAAAUAUCUUUUGCUUUUCCCUUCAAAUUUUUCUUUGUGUUUCAAUUCUAACGGGAAUGCUGGGUAGCUCUCUGGGGUACAGUGAAGUCCAGUGAAAGGCACCUUGUCUAUUUUGAAAACAAAUAUUAUGUGACCUCUGGUAAUUCUUUUUCUGUACGAAUACUGAUUUUCUGGAGUAAUGAGUAUAUCAGUUAUUGUACAUGAUUGCUUUGUGAAAUGUGCAAAUGAUAUCACCUAUGCAGCCUUGUUUGAUUUAUUUCCUCUGGUUUGUACUGUUAUUAAAAGCAUAUUGUAUUAUAGAGCUAUUCAGAUAUUUUAAAUAUAAAGUAUUGUUUCCGUAAUAUAGACGUAUGGAAUAUAUUUAGGUAAUAGAUGCAUUACUUGGAAAGUUCUGCUUUGACAAACUGACAAAGUCUAAAUUAAUUAGCAAAUAUUAUAUCCCAGCGAGCAGUAGAUCAGUAGACUGUCCCAAGAAGAGGAGAAAGACAUUUAAAAUGGAAAGAGUUCCCCAAAGUGUGUAAUUUGGACUUGUUCCGCUGCUGGAUAUAUGUUACCAACCUCCCCUUCCCCCUCGAUCCCCAGUCCCCAACUGGAAAUUCUUAUAUUCGGCUCCUAAGAGUUCUUAAUUUAUAACUGACUUUUAAAUGGGAAGUUUUUCUUGUGGUUUUAGUCUGGGAGUAAUCAUUCAGUAGAAGAUGCAGUGUGGUUUAUGCAAACAAAACAGCCUAGCAUUACUCUUGGCCUCCUCCCUGCGGGGGGUGCAUAGCCCGGCCACAUGGCCAGGUGCGGCCACGUCAGUCCUGCCAGGACACAGUCCCGCCCUCCCACACUUGGCUCCUUGAGUUGAGUUAACAGUGCAGAUUUGACGUUCCCGUUCCAGUACUCUCUGAGAAGUGCCUGAUGAUGCUGAUGUACUUAAAAGACACGAGAACAAUCUUUGCUAUUAUUGUAUAAAGCCAUAAAUGUACAUAAAUUAUGUUUAAAUGGUUUGGUGUCAUUCUUUUCUCAUUGGACAGAGUAAGCUGUUUAUUAGGGUUUUUCCUCCCCCAGUGUUUGGCUAUCACAGGAGUUAAAACCUCAUCAGCCACAGUGCUAUGAUGUGUUCACAUCUGGCAUUUCUUGGUGGGGGCAGUGGAAACAGUCCCUCUGGGAGAGCUGAAGUAGACUCCCUGAUAACAAACAACCCUGGAGCAUUUCAUCUUUGGAAUGUCUGACACUACAUCCGGUUCGGUGAUCACUAGUCAUACGAAUCUCUUGUUGAAGGAGGUCAAGCUGAAGGUAAAAACACCUGAAGGGCAGGCCAGAGGGGGUCUUGGAUAGGAGGUCCCCUAGCAGGGACCAGGUGGUGUGGAGGGAGCAGCAACUUCCCACGGACGGCUACGGGAAAGGGGAGCAUUGUGUCUUUCUUAAAUGCCUGCUGACUAGAGGUUUCUGUGUUUGCUUUUUUCAGAACAUGCCUGAGGAAUGAGCUAGAAUUAGAUUAAUAAUGGCCAAAAUGCAUUUUAAAAUAAGAUCAAGUCUCGUCCUCCUUUCUUCUAACUCUUACAGGCAAGUGAAUGUCCAUACAUGUUGAGGUGGCAACAAGGAAAUAGGUUAUUCUAAUAUUUAUCUAAAUAGAAACUGGAAGAUCAGUUAAGCUUUCAGAUUUUUCCCCCCUUCCUUUCUUUCAGCAGGCGAACCCUUCCUUUAAAAGACAUGAUAGUCAGAAGCCCAGAGUGUAGAACAGGUGAAAGCGUCUACCUCCAGGCCCUGGGUUUGUGUACAGAUCACUUUGAAAAUUACCGAUCUAGUCCAGAUGCAGAAAAACACCUUGAUUGUAUCACCAGGACUCAAACCAGCAGGCUCCUUUCAAAACAAUGUGUGUGUAUGUAAAAUCAUGUAUGUAAUGUCAUUUAUUAAGACCGGUUCCUAAGUUUUAACAUCACUUGAGAGAGGAAGCAACACAGCGGAAAGGUUUCCCUGACAGAUUGUAUGGAACUCAGUGUUUAAUAGAGAGGGAGAGACUUCCUUCCUUGGACGGUAUCUAGACCCCUGCUGUGACCAGAGGCCGUCGGUAGAAUCAGGAUGUGUACUGAGGAUUGUUUCUUGACCAGUGGACCUGCCACACUGAAGGACUUUGCCUCAGCUAUUGUUUCUCCAUUUUGGAGCUGACCUGUCACAGUGAUGGUGCUGGUUAAACUUACACCAGUUGGUGUGGUUAGGUAGGUGGAAGGCUAUUCGAAGUGACGAAUUGCCCUAAGUGGCUGUCUCUGGAGUAGUCACUCUUACGCAGAUGUUGAACCUUGUAUCAUCACUUAGUUCUUAAGGGUCAUGAGCCUGCAGCUGAGCUGGGCCGUGACCUUGAAGGUGAGGGUGUGUUCAUGUUCAUGGUAGGUGUCCUUAUUCUCAUUUACUGUUGUUCAUUAUUUUGGUGUAGAAAAUGACCCUGGUGAUCACUUAGAUACAUUGGUCUCUAGGAAGUUUUCCAGUUUAAGUAACUGGAAAAUGAGUGAAGUUUCUGUGGAAGGGGAAGGCAGGCCAGGCCGUUGUGGGUGGUGGUGGGUAAUCCGGACGUGAGGUGGAGACAGCUGAGGUGUAAGCUGAAGGUGAAGGUCUUUGGGUCCUUUGGAGGAAGCUACAGAGUGACGUGGCCAUCUAGUAGAUCAAGAGAACACUUCAUAUUGCAGGUGGCUGGAAGAGGAGGCUUUCUGUGAGAGGGCGAGGCUCUGUGUUCACCUGUUAGAAGAAGAAAAGGAAAUUGAGGCCAACUCUCUUAGGCCAACUUUUCUCAGCUUGACUGGUAGCAGGACACUGUCUCCCUCUGUGGCUCAGGAAUGCAAAGGCUAAAUGAAACUUCAUGACAUUAGUAGUUGAUCACGUUCAUCUCUCUGAAAAGUGAGUCUUGUUUGCCCUGGAAACCCCUGGUGCAAAGUGGAGAUUUACAUCCUUCAGGAAGAAAGAGGGCAAUUCCGUGAGGACUUGUUACUCAUUCUUUACAUCUUGUCCCUUCCAUGAGCUCUGAUCCCCCACAAGCAGCGUUCAGAUUUCCCCUAAAACUUCACAGUUGUCUAGGAUGGUAGCCACUUGCUGGGGUUUCUGCAAACCCUCUUGGGGUUGUAACAUUAUUAAAACUGCUGCUCCUGUGAGAUGCUCUUAGGUGAGUCAGCUGUUUAGAAUAGGGCUUACAGUGAGCCAUUUUAAACCAGAUCUUUUUCUCUGAUGAGCUGGGAUAGAGAGCUGUCCACUUUGCACUUUGGUUGCAAAAUGGUUCCUGAGCAAGCCAGAGAUGCCCACGGCUUAGUCCGUGCUGGUGGCAGGGACACUUGGGAAUGUUUGUGCAGCAGUAAGCUGCUCUGACACCUGGGCAGUGAUUUCCCCACAGAUAAGGUAAGUUGAGGAUACCUUCUGCUACGUGUCUCGCAGGUUUGAUGUGAGGAUUAGAGGAUGAGGUAAUGUCUGCGUAUGUCUCCUCCUGUCGGGGAAAAGGCCGUACGGAGGAGUUGGUGUCAGCGUAGGUAAUGGUAGGCCUUGGAGACUUGUUUCCUUAGUGGGGCUUCUGGACAGUCAGCACUGACCUCAGGGGAAGUGGAAGAGCUGCUUGGUUCAUUUCCACUGAUCUUCUGCAUUCCUGUAGCAGGCCUGUAUCUGUUACGCAGAGGAGCGUGUAGACAUUUUACCAGACCCAGACUCCCAAGUCCAUAACCUCUCUCUCCUCGGUAACUCUAGAAGUACUUGGUAAAUAGUAAGUUGUAAAACUGUUACGUGCCUAGUACAAACUAGUUGAGACACUUGUUUUCCCAGAAGUCAUCUGUGGACCCGUAUUAAGAAAAUGGAGGGACGUUUUUAGACUGCUUGACCUCACCCAAGUCGUGUUCACCCAGAGAUCGUGGAGGACGCCAGCUCCAUUGCUCUUUUUAGGCUGACCCAUAAAAUGGGGAAAGAGGAGAGGCUGACCUUGAGGGGCCCACAGUGGUGUGCUGCAGCCCAACCAUCCAGUCUGCAAGUGGACGAUGCUUAAGUGUGCAGGAAUUUUGUGAGCCGAUUUCAAAUGCCACCUUUAUUUACAAUUAAACUAGAUAAACUUACUGCUUAAUAAGUUAACAUUAAAAAACAAAAGUAGUAAAUACUCAAAGGUCAUCACGUCCUCCUGAAGCACAUUUGGCUCUUGUCUGCCCUUGAGGUGUUUGUGCUGGUUGUAUCUCAUGGGGGGUGUGGGGGGGAGACUACCACUGCUCGUGCUGAAGCUGAGCAAUUUCAGUUUAAUAAAUCCAGUUUGCAUAAAUACAAUGGGAAACGGUUUACCAGUUAGCUACAUUUAUUGAGAAAACACAUGUAUUGAGAAAAGAGUGGAUUGGGAUGCAAGUCCAGUUGUUAAAUCCUGGCUGAAUUGCCAUCAGCACCACCUGUUGACUACAGAUGAAAGAGUCUGGCAAAAAUGAGUUCAC